AUGUUGAAGCUACAUGUGGUACUCCUAAUAACUGCAUUUGGAACACUAACUAUAUUUCUAAGUGGGGAAUUUAUAUCUGAUUAUUUAUCGUUAAUGAUGUAUAGGGAAAUAAAUGGCAGUGAUAUAUGGAUAAGAUCAGCGGAAAGACAAAGCAACAUAUGCGCUACAUUUCAACGAUUAAGCAAUGCUAUUAUUGAAAUAGAUGUCAAAGGGCAUAGUAUUCAAUUAAUACAAAAUAAACAAAACGCUCCAAAACAUUUAAAUGUAUUCGUCGUUCUGCACUCACAUGUUGAUCCCGGAUGGUUGUAUACAUUUGAAGAAUAUUACAGUACUUCAGAUCAUCCGGUUCGAAAAAUUUUAAACAAUAUUGUAAAUUCACUCAGAAAAUAUCCUAAGCUACGAUUCAUUUGGUCUGAAAUGUCAUUCUUAGAACGAUGGUGGUCAGAAGCUAAUACUACUUAUAGGAAUUAUUUUAAAAGCUUAAUAGAUGAAGGUCAUUUGGAAAUUAGUGGAGGCCAUUGGGUAAUGAAUGAUGAAGCAACUCCAUAUUUUUGGGAAGCAAUCGAGAAUAUCAUCGUUGGACAUCAAUAUGUACACGAAAUAUUAAACAUUACACCAAUAACAUCAUGGUCAGUUGAUCCAUUUGGUCAUGGACUUAUGAUGCCAUAUCUGAUGACAUUAGCCGGAAUUAAUCAAAUGGUAAUCGGUCGAAUUAAUUCAAAUAUCAAAAAUAUAUUGAAGCAACAUCAUCAGCUACAUUUCCGUUGGGCGCAAAAUUGGGAUUCGCAACUUCAUUGGGCUCCACUUGUUAAUGUAUUGCCAAAUGCAUAUUACACAGUAACUAGUGCUUGCGGAACGGAUGAAAUGAUUUGUUGCCAGUUCGAUGUUUCUAAGACAUCUCGGUCAAGCUGUAUGGAACGGGCAAAAGUUGAUAAUGUGCAAAAAAUUGCUUUAUAUGGUGAGCGAAUGGCAAAUCAGUAUCGCUCAUUACAAACAUUUUACAAUUCAGAAGCAGUAUUAGUAGCUGCAGGCGAUGAUUUCCUCUAUUCAGACUCUGAUGACUUGAAAAUUGUUCAUCGUGUUUACAGUGCGCUAUUCAAAUAUAUUAAUCGAAAUUAUGAUCGCUUUAACAUGAGGGUGCAAUUUGGUACGGUAGCGGAUUAUUUCAAAUCACUGAAAGGAAGCGCGAAAAGGCGAGCUUCCAUACUUAGUGGUGAUUUCUUUCCUUACAUGGAUAAUGCAUUUAGUAAUGCACCAUUUUGGACUGGCUUCUACAAUCAUCGAGCAUACUUCAAAUGCUUCGAAAGAAUUAUUCAAAGAGAGCUUCGUUUGGUGGAUUUAUUAAGUGUCGCAAUUGGGAUUUAUCUUAACAGUGAUGUGGAGAUUGCACGAAGGAAUCUAGCACUUAGUAUACAUCAUGAUGCAAUUACGGGUACCAGUAAACGUCAUGUUAUGGAUGAUUAUAUGCUAAGAUUACGGUCAGCUUUACAUAUAAUAUUAAAAGAACAGGAAAGGUUGUUAAGCAUUUCUGAUGAGACUUUCACAACACUGUUUGUUAAUAACUCGGUAAAAACAAAAGGGAUGUACUUACCUCGCAUAACUUUUUCAUUUGCCGAUGGUAUCGAAAGUUACAAAAUUCAAAUUGUUAGUCAAAAAACAUUCUCAACAAUGGAAUUAGUUAAAAUCAAUGUAUCAUCGCCGUUUAUUACUGUAACACAUAAUGAUAAGUUAUUAACAAUACAAGUGGUACGAAUAUUAAAGCAAUCUGAUCUUUUUGAAUUAUCAUUUUUUGUACCGCUUGAUCCAUUUUCACGAACAAUUGUUAUCAUGCAGUUAGAUAAUAGUCAAUCUAACAUGCUGACAACUUCAAUGAAAUCUAAUAAUUUUAUCAGAAAAAUAUGCAAUCCAAAAAUGAUAGAUUCAAAUAAAAAUGAGAACAUCAAGCUAGAAAAUGAAUUUCUCACUGUUUUUUGGAAUUCAAGCACAGCGGAAAAUUAUCGGUUAGUUUACAAUGACGGAAGUAUGGAAACAAAUUUUGCUUUGUAUUUUAAUCGAAUUAACGAUUAUGGUGGUGCAUAUACCAUGGUAUCAGCAGGAUUAUCACUUGAGAAUAUCACUGAUAAAAAUCGAUUAUCACCAACCAUUAUUCAAGGUCCAAUUUAUUCAAGUAUAACACAGCAAUUAUCAUCACAAUUAGCAUAUAGUUUUACCAUUAUUAACUCAACAGAUGAUAAUGCUCGUUCAAUUCAAAUUGAUUUGUUUACAAAUGUUACUUUAUCACCUGGGUAUACAUACUUCAUGAAUUUAAACAGUAAUAUUAACAAUUUUGAUCAUUUUUACACUGAUGUAAAUGGAAUGUAUUUAAUACAGCGAAGAUAUGAUAGAAAGAUGAAAUUGGAAGCGAAUAUUUAUCCAAUGAUAACCGAGACUGUAAUCGAAGAUGAUAAGCUUCGUUGCACUGUUCUUGGAGCACAAUCAACUGGUGUUACUGCUAAAAUGGGUUUAGUUACUCUAAUGGUAGACCGAGAAAUGUAUAAUGAUGAUGGGAAAGGUUUGGAUUAUUACGAAGCUAGUGAGAGUCAUCCAUCUCAUCUGCGAUAUCGAAUUAUUUUUGAACCAAAAACAUCAGAAAUGAAAGAUUUUGAUGAUUUGAAAACAAUUGACAAAAAUGAACUAAAAAAUAAAAGUUCACCAAUGAAUACGAUGUAUCAUUCACAACUUGUGCAACAAACAUUGGAGGAAUUACUUUAUCCCGCUGCUCUAUUCUUAUCAUCAAGCAUCAAUUCAACUGAUAAUAAUGAAAUGUCAUCAGUAUUAAUCGAUUUGCCACGUUUACCUGAUAACAUUCAACUUAUCACUAUUCGAUAUAUAGCACGAAAAACAAUAUUAUUAUCAAUGCGUCAGUUACCAUAUGAUUGUUCAGUAAAGCUAUAUUGUAAGAGCGACAGUAAUACGGAUUUAACUCGUCAAUUUUUUUCAUCAUUUAACGGAUCAAUUUAUUUGUCGAAUUUAACCGGUACAAAGAAGGGGAUUCAAAUUAUGCCGGAAAUAAUUCCAUCUUAUCUCAUUCAAUCAUUUCAUAUUGUUACAUUCCUUGUGGUAAUUAAUUAA